AUGUCUGAUGCAAAUGUAACAACAAAUGACAAUCAACGACAAUCUCGAUCUGAAUCCUUUGCAACACAGGAACAACUACCAAUGAAAACAACUCGUACUGGUAGUACAGCAAAUGGAAGUACUGGAAAAGAUCAAGCAAUUGUUCCUUCUACUACAUCAGUUGAUGAGCGUUCAAAAUAUCGAUCACCUUUAGUUUCACGUUAUGCAUCAGCCGAAAUGAGUUAUAAUUUUAGUGAUGUGAAAAAAUUUUCAACAUGGAGACGUCUUUGGUUUUGGUUGGCACAAUGUCAAAAGCAAUUAGGUUUAGAUAUAACUGAUGAACAAUUAGAUGAAAUGGAAAAAAAUUUAACAAAUAUUGAUUUUGAUAUUGCUGAAGCUGAAGAACGUCGACGACGACAUGAUGUUAUGGCACAUGUUCAUACAUUUGCUCGUUGUUGUCCAAAAGCUUCACCUAUUAUUCAUCUUGGUGCUACAUCUGCUUUUGUUGGUGAUAAUGCUGAUUUAAUUGUUAUGAGAGAUGGAUUUGAUAUUCUUAUUAAUAAACUUGUUCGAUGUAUUCAACGAUUAACACAAUUUGCACAAGAAUAUGCUUGUUUACCAACACUUGGUUAUACACAUAUGCAGCCUGCACAAUUGACAACAGUGGGUAAACGAGCAUGUGUCUGGAUACAAGAUUUAUUAAUGGAUUUAAAAAAUUUUGAACGAGUAAAAAGACAAUUAAAAUUUCGUGGAGUUAAAGGUACAACAGGAACUCAAGCAUCAUUUCUACAAUUAUUUAAUGGAGAUCAUUUUAAAGUUGAAGAAUUGGAUCGAAUGGUUACAGAAAUGGCUGGCUUUUCAAAAGCUUUUAUUAUUUGUGCUCAAACAUAUACACGUAAACUUGAUGUUGAAGUAGUCAGUGUUCUUUCAAGUUUUGGUGGUACAAUUCAUAAGAUGUGUACUGAUAUUCGUUUAUUAGCAAGUUUAAAAGAAAUCGAAGAACCAUUUGAAAUUGAACAAAUUGGUUCAAGUGCAAUGCCAUAUAAACGUAAUCCAAUGAGAUGUGAACGAUGUUGUUCACUUGCACGUCAUUUAAUGACAUUAAUUAAUGAUCCACUUGGUACACAUUCAGUUCAAUGGAUGGAACGAACAUUAGAUGAUAGUGCUAAUAAACGUAUUUGUAUUCCCGAAGCUUUUCUCACUGCGGAUAUAAUUUUAUUUACCUUAUUAAAUAUUUCUGAAGGUCUUGUUGUCUAUCCAAAAGUUAUUGAAAAACAUAUCAAACAAGAAUUACCAUUUAUGGCAACAGAAAAUUUAAUUAUGGCAAUGGUUUCUGCUGGUGGUAAUCGUCAAGAAUGUCAUGAAAAAAUUCGUACAUUAUCACAAAAAGCUGCUGAACGUGUUAAAAUGGAUGGUUUAGAUAAUGAUCUUGUUGAACGUGUUAAAAGUGAUCCAUAUUUUGCACCCAUUAUCAAUAAACUUGAUGUUCUUCUUGAUGCUAAAACAUUUAUUGGACGAGCACCCGAACAAGUUUAUGAAUUUAUUUCACGUGAAGUUGAACCAGCAUUAAAAAAUUAUGCAUCAAUCAUUGCACCAAAUGCAACUAAACCAACUGAAUUAAACGUUUAA